AUGUUGUGUCAGGAUGUCCACCAGUUUGGCCAGAAGUUGAUCCGCAGGCGGCCGCUGGAGCCCAGGGAGGAGUCUGAGAGUGGCAGGGCCCGCUGUCUGAACACCAUGGACCUAACAGCCUUGGGUGUGAGUGGUACCCUAGGAGCUGGCGUCUACAUCGUGGUUGGAGAAGUGGCUGUGUAUGAGGCUGGACCAGCGAUCGUCAUCUGCUUCUUGCUGGCCGGCCUGUCGACUCUUUUGUCCGGGCUCUGCUACGCGGAGUUGGUGGCCUGGGUACCACGCUCCGGUUCUGCGUAUCUCUACAGCUACGUCACUAUGGGUCAGCUGUGCGCCUUCAUCAUUGGCUGGAACCUCAUCCUGUCCUUUGUCGUCGGCACUGCCAGUGAGGCCAGGGCCUGGAGCCUCGCCUUUGACAGCCUCAUUGGGAACCACAUCUCUCAGGCAUUCCAGGGAACUUUCUCUCCGUAUAUGCCCUACUUCCUGGCCUGGCACCCAGACUUUUUUGCCCUGGGCCUGGUGCUGCUGCUCACAGGACUACUGGUUCUGGGACUUCAAGAAUCAGUCAUGCUUAACAAAGUGUUUGCAGGCUUGAACAUUUCUGGUCUCAUCUUCAUCAUCAUCUCUGGCUUCAUUAUGGGAGACCUGCACAACUGGAAGCUCACAGAACAGGACUACACAUUGAACACAUCUGAAUCCACUGACACCUCUAGCUUGGGACCUCUGGGUGCUGGAGGGUUUAUACCUUUUGGCAUUGAAGGGAUUCUCCAGGGAGCAGCAACAUGCAUCUAUGCCUUUGUUGGUUUUGAUGUCAUUGCUACUACAGGGGUAGAAGCCAGAAAUCCUCAGCGUUCCAUCCCCAUUAGCAUCAUGAUCACGAUCUUGAUCUGCUUUUUGAUGUAUAUUGGUGUCUCGGUGGCACUCACCCUCCUGGUGCCCUAUUACCAGAUUCAGCCUGAGAGCCUCCUGCUGCAGGCUUUCCUUGAUGUUGGGUGGAGGCAUCUAAGAUAUGUCCUGGCUGCUAUCACCAUCUGUGCUCUUUCAUCCAGCCUCCUGGGCACCAUGUUCUCUAUGCCUCGUGUGAUCUACACAAUGGCAGAGGAUGGGCUCCUUUUCAGGAGACUUGCCCAAAUCCACACCCGCACACGAACCGCCAUCUGGACCAUCUUGGCUUCUGGAAGUCUUGCAGCGGUCAUGGCACUACUCUUUGAGCUCACUGAUCUUGUGGACCUCAUGUCAAUUGGGACCCUGCUCGCUUACACCUUGGUGGCCUUUUCUGUGCUUGUCCUCAGGUAUCAACCAGAACAGAAUUUAAGCCAGAAUGAGACAGCAGAAGAGGAAAUAGAUAUUUUUCAGUUGGAAGCAAGCCCUUUACAAUCUGUACCUGAAGCAGAAAAUUCAAGGAUUCUGAAGACUCUGUGGUUCCCUUCCAGCACCAUCCCCACUCAGAAAUCUGGGCAGAUUGUCUAUGGAUGUGCCUUCCUGCUUGUUCUCCUGCUGACCAUCCUGAGCCUGAUCCUGGCCCAGUGGACCAGCCAGGUGUUCUCUGGACUCCCAGUGUACACGACAGUGGCUGCGCUGCUGCUGCUCAUCAUUGGGGUCACGGCCAUCAUCUGCAGGCAGCCCCAGAACACCUCUCCUCUUCACUGCAAGGUCCUUUGUUGGCCCGUCCUCCCACUGGUGAGCAUCUUUGUGAACGUUUCCUUGAUGAUGCAGAUGAACACUAGGACCUGGGUCCAGUUUGGCGUCUGGAUGGGGAUUGGAUCUAUUGUAUACUUUGGAUAUGGGAUCCGACACAGCCUGGGGGAGAACAAUGAUCAACAGCCACUGGCCUCCAACCCCCAAAUGCUUGACAGAAACAUCCCUGGUGAUGAAUCAUCUUAA